AUGGGUGCUGCAGGUGGAGGAUGGUCCAACGACGCCCUCAAAAAGGUUCCUCUCCCAGCACGCAGGGGCUACGUCUGGCUUGCUGCAAUCUGGGCUUCUUAUUGUGGUGGUCUUCACGGCUUCAACACAGCAAACAUCUCCGGCACGAUGAGCCUGAAGCCUUUCAUCAGGGACUUUGGAUGGACAGAUCUUCCCUCGGAAACGAUAUCUGGUUAUUCAGGAUGGGUCGUCUCCUCGAUGCUUCUCGGACAAAUUCUUGGAGUCUUGGUGUCCGGCCCCUUGGGUGAACGGCGCGGUCGAAAGUCCGUCAUUAUUUCUGCCGCCAUCUUUUACUCUAUCGGUGCGAUCUUGAUGGCUGCCAACUUCGGCUCUCUCGCUGAGCUCCUUGUCGGGAGAGUCAUGUCUGGUAUUGGUUCCGGUCUUGGGAUGACCGCUGGACCCAUCUAUAUUUCAGAGAUCGCACCCACAGAAAUGCGUGGCAUGAUGACGACAUUCUACAAUAUCAAUAUCAUGGGUGGGGUAGCUGGAAGUUACUGGAUCAAUUACGCUUCAUUCGAACAUAUAUCGCCCGAAAACAGCUGGCAGUGGCGGGCUACGUUAGUCCUUCAGCUCAUUCCCGCCAUUGUUCUCUUCAUUGGCUACCCCUUCUUCCCAGAAAGCCCCCGUUAUUUGAUGAUGAGGGGACAAAUAGAAGCUUCCAGACAUAGUUUGUUGAAAAUUCGAGGCCUUCCAGAAUCCGACCCUUACUUCAGUCGUGAAUACGACGAAAUCAGAGGCCGCGUUGAUGCAAAUGCCGAGACUCAAUCUGCCUGGCAAUCUACAAAGUCACUCCUAAGCACAUGCGUCACAGACUCCGCAACCCGCAAGAUGCUUUUAUUCGUGAUGAUCGUCCAAACAUUCUUCAUCAUGAGUGGCGGCAACUCAAUCACUUACUAUGCGCCGACUAUCCUGAAAUCCAUCGGGCUGGAUUCGGCCCAGGUCCUUCUAUUCUCAGCUAUUUAUGGUAUGAUCAAGGUAUUUAGCAUGCUUUUCUAUGCAUUCUAUCUUACCGAUCGUUUCGGUCGUCGUCCGCUAUUGCUUAUCGGCUCCGCAAUGAAUACUGGAUGCUUGAUCUACCUUGCUGCUUAUCUCGGUCUCGCCGAUCUCUCUAAAUCAGGCAGUCCAUCACCAGCUGCAUGGGUAGCAAUCGUUGCAAUCUGCAUCUUCGCCGUUGGAUAUGCGUUUGGCUGGGCCCCGGUCUUUUCUCUUACAGCCUCUGAGAUCUGCCCGACUUCGACCCGCGGAACGGUAGUGACGAUUUCCUUUAUGUAUCAAAAUUUGCUGAAUUUUGGCAUCACGCGUGGAUUUCCAAGCAUGACCCAAGAUAUGCACGCUUGGGGACCGUUUGCCCUCUUCGCCGCUUUCACCGGCUGUGCUACUCUAUGGGUCUUCGUUGGCUUUCCCGAAUGUAAGGGACGAAGCAUGGAGAGUGCUGGAGAUUUGUUCUACCUGCCUUGGUAUAAGACUGGCUUUUCUAAAGUUCCCACUGUUGAGCAGCAGGCUGCUGAGAGGGUUGUUGAUUUGGAGAAAGCGUCAUGCAGUGAACACCAUGAAGACAUAUCCGCAGAGGAGCGCAAACAGGGCUAG